AUGGUUAAAGAAAGAUCAAUGGCUUGUCGCUACUUCAACAAGUUCACUGAUGCCGAGGGUGUGAAAAAAGCGAGAUGCAAGUUUUGUUCAGAAGAAUAUGUAGCUGAUACCAAGCACAGCGGCACAAGCAAUUUGUUAUUGCAUAUUCACAAAUGUCUGACCAAUCCCUACAAGGCAAAAGGUAGCCAGAAAACAUUAGGUUUUCAACCGCAUGGUCUAACAGGUGAUGUUUUAGUUAUCCCUUGGAAAUUUGAUCAAGAGGCAUGUAGGAGGGAUUUAGCUCGUAUGAUCAUUAAAGAUGAACUUCCUUUAUUUUUGCUGAAAAAGAUGGAUUUAGAGACUUUGUGA